GACUGUAGAGCAACCUGGAUUUAGUGCUACUGUACUAUACUCUAUGCAUUAUGUACAAGUUCAAAUGCAUCAUUCAUCAAGGUUAAUUCGAAAAUCCUUGUUGCGAUCUUCAUUUACGCAUUAAUGCGUAUAUAUCUAUAUCUAUGUAUGGUAUGGAAGAAAGAAAAAGUCCUAAAAAGCACACCUCUUUAAUUUCUUGAUCUCUGUCUUCUUCAAUGGCAGCAAAACCCCAUGUGGACAGCACUAAAUGCAUUGGAACUUCCAAUUUCUGAAAAUUUCUCUCACAUACUGACAUUAAAUUUCAACUACCCACAUCAGAUUUCAUCCUUUGUUUUCUACUUUCUUCUUUCGAUUCCUCCAAAUUCAUUUAAAAAACCAAAUCUUGAUUUCAAAUAAAAACAGGGGAGAACAUUUGUCUGUUCUCUUUCUUUAAAAUACUCCAUUCUUGACUUCUACUUCCUAAAGAUUCUGUUUAUCUUGUUGGGUUACUAUCAAGAAACUCAAACAAAAGAACGGAGCAUUUUAAUGGCGAUUUGCAGGUUUUAUUCCCUUCUGUUCUUGACAAUUUCAUGGAGUUUCUUCUUCGCGAAUGCAAUCCAACCUUCGCAAAAACAAGUCCUCCUGCAGCUACGAAAACAACUGGAGUACCCGAAGCAAUUGGAUAUUUGGCUCGACACAAGUAAUGAUUUCUGCUACGUGUCAUCACCACAAGUCAAUGUCACAUGCGAAAACAACUUUGUUUCGGAGCUUAAAAUCAUGGGAUUUGCUUCCGAUCAAACGCCAAAGAAGGUAAAUUCGGGUUCUUUUCAUGGGUUUCCGAUUCCUUCACAAACACUAUCUCAAAACUUCUCAAUCGACUCUUUGAUUGCCACUUUAUCAAGAUUAACAAGCUUGAAAGUUCUUAGUUUGGUUUCUUUAGGAAUCUGGGGCCCACUUCCUAACAAAAUUCAAAGAUUAAACACACUCGAAUACAUUGAUUUGAGUUAUAAUUUCUUGUAUGGCUCAAUUCCUCCAACUCUUUCAAGAAUGGUGAGUCUUCAAAGUGUGAAUCUUGAUGGGAAUUUCUUGAAUGGUAGUUUUCCUAAAGGCGUUGACUUGUUAUCAAGUUUGACCAGUUUAAGCUUGAGCGAAAAUGGGUUUUCUGGUGAUCUACCAGAUCUACAAGAUUUGCCAAACAGUUUGAUCAUUUUGUAUCUGAAUAACAACUCGUUUUCUGGUCAAAUCCCAGUCAAAUACAGUCAACUCAACCACCUUCAAGAACUCGAUCUUUCAUUCAAUUCACUCUCUGGUGUUCCCCCAUUUUCUCUAUUCUCAUCUUCAUCCAUUACUUACUUAAAUCUAACAUCAAAUAAGUUGUCCGGUUCACUUCCGGUUCACUUACAAUGUGGAAACAAACUCGCAAACGUCGACAUUUCACAAAACCGAUUUACAGGCUCCUUGCCGUUAUGCUUAACCAACGAAUCCAACAAUAAAACCGUUAAAUAUGACGGGAAUUGCCUCAUGAUUGAUGUGACACGUCAGCAUCCAGCAUCGUAUUGUGUAGAAGAAGCUCGAGGGGUAGAAGUGGAAACUAAAGAUUUCAAAGGUUCUGAACAUAGAAGGAAUCCAGUGAUAAUUAUUGGAGUGAUUUUAGGGAGUAUUGUGUUUCUGGUGCUUUUGGUAUUAGGGUUUGUGAUUCUUUCAAAGAAGCUUUGUGCUCGAGGCGUAUCUGAACAGAAAUUGCUGCAUAAAUCGGUCCAAGAUUACUCUGUUACAGGCUACCCAUCUGAACUUUUAACAAGUGCAAGAUUGGUUUCAGAGGCUGCAAAGUUAGGAACCGAAGGAAUCCCAGUUCACAGAUUGUUUUCUUUUGAAGAGUUAAAGGAAGCUACUAACAACUUUCAUAGAUCUACCUUAAUAGGGGAAGGUUCAACGGGCAAGAUCUACAAAGGGAAGCUUGAAAAUGGGACAGACAUUGCAAUAAGACAUUUGACAGUGUCUAAAAAGUACACGAUUAGAAACCUUAAAUUAAGGUUGGAUUUGCUUGCGAGGCUUCGACACCCACAUUUGGUUUGCCUUUUGGGGCAUUGUAUUAGUGGUGAAGAGCAAGAUAAUGGUGAAUCAAACAAAGUGUAUCUUGUGUAUGAAUAUGUGCAUAAUGGGAAUUAUCGUUCGCUUCUUUCGGUGUUUUAUGCAGGGAAUGGUAGUGAGAAUGUUGUUCUUAAAUGGGGAGAUAGAUUGAGGAUUUUAACUGGUGUGGCUAAAGCUGUGCAUUUUCUUCACACUGGACUCAUUCCUGGUUUUUUUAGUAAUCGAUUGAAAGCAAAUAAUAUUUUGUUGAAUGAAGAUGGGAUGGGAAAACUGAGUGACUAUGGGCUUUCGAUUAUAGCAGAAGAUAUUAAACAAGAUGCCAAUGGGGAAGGUGUUGAAUCAUGGCAAAUGAAGAACUUAGAGGAUGAUGUCUACAGCUUUGGAUUCAUUCUACUUGAGUCCCUUGUUGGACCUUCUGCUGCAUCUAGAAAAGAUGAAUUUUUGAUGAAUGAGAUGGCUUCUUUUGGAAGUGAAGAGGAACGGAAGAAAGUAGUGGACCCUGUUGUACUUGAUUCCUGCUCACAAGAAUCACUUUCGGUUAUAAUCUCCAUAACCAAAAAAUGUUUUUGUGGUGAUUCAUGGGCAAGACCCUCUUUUGAAGACGUGCUUUGGCACUUGCAGUAUGCUGCUCAAAUUCAAGCUGGGACCCAACAAUCUGCUGAAAAAGUUUUAUUCAUGGGUUGUUGAUAUUUGCCUUGUAGUAAUUGUAUAUAAAAUAAGCUAUUAGAGACCUUUAUUCCAAUAUUACUCUUUCUUUUUGAUGUACUACAUUAAAUAAUUUUGACUUUUAUGAACGUAAUUGUAUAUAUUCAGUUUAUCAUGUAUCUUGAUGGUACUUGGUGUUGUUUC